UAACUUGCCUUAAGUUGAAUUCUCAUUGGCUUUUGGUAGACCAUCAACUUCCGGUCGGGUCCACGAGAAGCCGUGGCGUGUGAAAAGAAGCUUUCUGUCAAAAGAAGGUUUUUGUUGUUUUUGCCAAGGUUAUAAUGGCUGAAAGCUGUGACGUUGUAGCCGUUAUGAGUAGUCAGGAUCCUGCAGAGGAAGAGAAGGGCGGAGGAAAAGGUGGAGGAGGCUUAGAGGGAGAUGCUGCAGCAGCAACCGAAGGAGAAAAAGGUUUGACUGAUGCUCAGAGAGAAGUGUUGCAGAGAUGCCUUCAUGCACUCAAACAUGCUAAGAAUGACAGCCACAUUCUGGCUGCACUUCUACUGAUCACUCGUUUGUGUCCAGCAAAUCAACUGGAUAAACCCACCCUAAAAAGCAUCUUUGAGGCCGUGGGACUCAACCUUCCGGCUCGACUUCUGGUGACAGCAAUCAGAGGGAGUGAAACCUCUGCUUUACCACCGCACGAACUCCUGUCCCUGGGAACAGCUCUGUUGGCUGCUCUAAGCACAGAUCCCGACAUGGCGUCACAUCCCCAGCUCCUCACAACAGUCCCGAUUCUGCUGGGAAUUUUAGCAAAUGGACCUGUGUUAGAGCAGCAAAAACAAGAAGCACAAGAAAAGAACCAGGAUGGAGAUACAGUUCCAGAUAAAUUUGCUGAGAAUUCAAGCACCAAGAGUCAUGUUGAAAAAUCAGCAACUGAAACCCAGGCCAGUGGUGAAAAGACAGAAAAAGACAGCACUUCAACAUCACAAGACUCAUCGCCCUCUGCUGGUCUGGAUGAAGCUAUGGCUGCCGACUGUUACCAGGUUUUGACAGCAGUGUUGGCAUUACCCAGAGGUCCUGAUCAGCUGCUGAGCAGAGGAGCAGUUCCUGCUCUGUGUAAAGCAGUGGAACAAAAUCAGAUUCUCAGUCACAACAGGGGUCUUGCUCUGCUCGGCUGCCUCCUCUCUGGAAAAACCAAAGACAAAGCGUGGAUUAAACAUCGUUCAGAACUCCUGUCUUUACUGAUCAGACUCUGUAAAGAUUUCUGCCAAUCUAAAGAUGAGAUCAAAUUGGACACGUGUUCUCGGUUGGUGCAGUUUCUGCCUCCGAUUGGUGUUGCUGUUGAGAGUGAGGAACUAAAGGAAGUUCUGAGACAUGUGGCAGGAGCAUUAAGACCUAUGAUGCAGGCAAAGUUGACACCAAGACACCUCGGGCCGAUACUAGUCUUAAGUGCAUGUUUCCUGGACCUUUAUGGGUGGGAGCUGGUAGGACCCCCAAAGCUCUGCUGCUUACUGGUGAACCGGGCCUGUGUGGAGGUCAGAAUGGGCCUGGAGGAGCCGCCUGGUAAUGACAUCAGUCCAGAGCUUCAGCACACAUUGACAGGCUGUUACAGAAUCAUGGAGGCUGCCAUUGAGCAGGCGUGUAGUGCAGCAGUAACAGCGACACCUGCUGCUCCUCAGAGCUCUGUUUCCACACUCACCCUUCAGCAGAGCAGGCAGGUCCUCAAGGUUCUGGAGGAGGCCUUCUCUGCUGUGAUUUACUACCUGCAGCAGGUUGAUCCAAGUCGAUAUGGUGACCCCUUUGUUUUCGCCACAUUCCGCGUUCUGUGCUCAUGGCUGGCUGAGGAGACUUCCUGUCUGAAGGAGGAAGUAACUGGACUGCUUCCCUUCCUUAUUGGCUACAGCCGGAGUCACUUCCAGCAAGAGAACCUGGGGCAGAACCUCUCCGACUGGAUGACUGGAUUAUCCGUCUCUGAGGAGACAGCAGGCUGGACAGGCAGAGAACCUCUCAGGUAUCUCCUUCCAGCUCUGUGUCACCUGUCUGCAGAGGAAGCUCCCAGGAAGGUGCUGCUGACCCUGGACACUCCAGCACUGCUGGUCAACUUCCUGUCUCAGUGUUGGACCUCACUACGUGGAAAAGGUGGAGUUGUGUAUGGCAGGGAUCCCAGCAUGGAGACAGCCUGUUCAGCCCUUCUCAACUUCACUGUUACAGAGCCGGAGAGAGUCAAGAAGGAUCCAUGUUUCAAAACACUAGAGGUUUUCCUUGGUGAAGCACUUCCGGUUUUGGUGCACAAGCCCCGCCUCCUGGUCCUAGCAGCCAACUUCUGCACAUUGGGACUAAUGAUGGGCAGACUCAGAUCAGCUCCUGCAGGAUUGUCUGAAUCAGGCCAAAGGCGUUUCUUCUCCACUGCUCUUCGCUUCCUCCGUGGAGCCCUGGACUUAGGCUCCAGCUCCGGGCCUGCGAAAGUGAGCGUCAGCUGGGAGGAGAGCUGGGAUGAUGCUGCAGAGCUCUGGAGGCUGAGUCUUCAGGCUCUGGGUGGCUGCGUCCAAGCUCAGCCCUGGAUCAUCGCACUGGUCAGAGAGGAGGGCUGGCUCAAACACACGCUGUCCAUGCUGAGCCAGUGCAGUGCACUACCUGACCAGCACACACAGGAGGCGCUGGAGGAGGCCGUGCGUGCUGUGGCGGAGCAGUGUGAAGUCUGUAGACAGGAGAUUAAGGACAUGAUGAUGACACAUGAUAAAGGAGCGUUGACCUGCAUGAAGAACCUGAAGAAGUCGGUGGGAGUGAAGUGAAAACAGGAGUGGACUGAAAAAUAUUUUUAAUAAAUCCAGUCUAUGAAAAUAAAGAAGCACAACUGUUAAAUA